AUGUCGGGCUCCGGUUGGAUAAUCCGGCCAAAAGAUGCCGAUGGUUACGAUCUUGCUGCAUUAUAUGAAGAUGAGCCAUUAUCAAAAGAGGGUAAGUUGUCAAGGAAAAUCCAUUUUAGCAGAUGCACCCAUUGUGGCAACAAAGGUCACAACUCUAGAACAUGUAAAGGUCAACCAGGACAAACCAGUCAAGGUGUGAACAAUAAUAGUCAACCAGCUAGGAAUCAAUCCAGUGGGAGUGAGGCAGGUGGAAAUGAAGCUGUGGGAAGUCAAGCAGGUGGCAGUCAGUAUAUGGGAAGUCAAACAGGUUGCAGUCAAGCUGUGGGAAGUCAACCAGCUAGCAGUCAAGCAAGAACAAGUCAACCAGCUAGCAGUCAAGCAAGAACAAGUCAACCAGGUGGCAGUCAAGCUGUGGGAAGUCAAGCAGGUGGUAGUCAAGCAGGUGGCAAUCAAGGUGGUGGCAACAGGCUUGUUAAGAAGGUCAGAAGUAAAAGUCAAAGAAUUACAAGGCAAAAGCUUGCCAAAGUUGGCCUGGACCAGGAUUGCACAAAGAUGAUGCUUUAG